GAAAACAGAUAACUGAUGCACGAAUUGUUUGCAUUGCCUUCUUUUUCCUCCCCCGUCUAUAAGGAGGCUCUCCCAUUGCCUCUCCGUUCGCACACCAAAUUCGAGAGAGAGAGAGAGAGAGAGAUGGGCGGUGGGAGCAUGAGCGUGUCUUGUGGAGGGUUUAAUAAGGUGAAGCCGUACCUGCUGAUGGUGGGGCUACAGUUCGGGACGGCCGGGAUGUACGUGAUAAGCACGCAAACCCUGAAGAACGGCAUGAGCCGAUACGUCCUCAUCGUGUACCGCAAUGCCAUUGCUGCUCUGGUCCUCGCUCCCUUCGCUCUCGUCCUCGAAAGGAAGAUCGGACCGAAGAUGACAUUCUCUAUUUUCUUCCGGAUCGUGGCGUUGGGAUUUCUCGAGCCCAUCCUUGAUCAGAACUUUGCGUAUCUGGGGAUGAUGUACACGUCGGCGUCGUUCGCGUCGGCGAUUAUGAACGCGGUUCCAUCGGUAACCUUUGUCAUGGCCGUGAUGCUCCGAUUAGAGCGAGCCAAAAUCAAGGAGGUGCGUGGGAUCGCGAAGAUCGUCGGGACGAUCGUGACGUUCCUCGGUGCAUUGGUGAUGACAGUGUACAAAGGUCCUAUGAUCCGCCUGAUUCGGUCCACCGGCACGGCCCAAAGCCGUGCCGGCACAGACCCGUCCGACCAGCACUGGGUUGCCGGCACGCUUUUCAUCUUGAUCGGCUGUUGUGCCUGGUCCGCCUUCUUCAACCUCCAAUCCAUCACGGUGAAGAAGUACCCGGCCGAGCUGUCACUGUCGUCGCUGAUAUGCUUGAUGGGGGCGAUGCAGAGCGCGGCAGUGGCGCUUGUCGCGGAGCGUCACCCGGCCGCGUGGCGAGUCGGGUGGGACUUUCGGCUCCUCGCUCCUGUUUACAGCGGCGUGGUCGGCUCCGGAAUCACGUACUACGUGCAAGGCAUAGUGAUGAAGACGAGGGGCCCGGUGUUCGUCACGGCCUUCAACCCUCUGUGCAUGAUCAUCGUCGCGGCCCUCGGUUCCAUCAUCUUGUCCGAACAGCUUUAUCUCGGAAGCAUUAUCGGAGGAAUCAUCAUCGCGAUCGGUCUCUAUUCGGUGGUGUGGGGCAAAGGCAAAGACUAUCCGAUCCCAUUGCAAGAAUGUGCUGACCCGAAAGAUGAAACCCAGAAGCUGCCGGUCUCUGUGGCAAAUGGGGUCGCUGGGGAUCAUGAUGGUACCAGAAAAUGAUUCAGUGUUCACUUAGGUGGAUCGAUUUGUGACGUGUAAACAUAUGGGAGUUGUUGCUCUAUGAUCAAGUUUGCAGCCAAAGCGUGAAAAUUAGUGGGUUGGACCAUCACAUCCUUCUUAAUUUUCCUAGAGCUUCAAACAGUCCUAAAGAUUGGCAAACAA